AGCGUUUCACCGUUUCUAACGCUCGUGCGCCGUCCAUCGCAUCGCGCGUUCCUCGGUGCUCGUUUUCUUCCCGCUCGACGUCACCCAUUUUCGCGUCGCGCUUGGUGUGCGUUUGAAGUUGCACAUGGUCGAACGUUCCGGUGGAGGCUGGACGCCGAAGUCUGUGUGACUAGCCGCGAGGUCGACGACGUCGCGGCUGUAUAGUUAGACAGCUUCUAUAGAGAUACGGGAUCCUCGUAUAAACAGCCUCUUCAGCCGUGCUUCCAGUGCUGCGGGGACCAAAGUUAGGCUUCUCGACAGCAAAGAACGAAGAGGGUGACUGUACCAAGAAGCUGUCUCCGAGUUCAACGCAUCCCCACCUCCAUCGGUUCCCCUGCCUUCUACAGCUCCUGUUGGAUAUAACAUAUCCGGCUGAAUUUUCCGUCUUCAUCCAUGGCCGGUCUCAAGGAAGUUGGCCUUCCAGGUCGGGAGGCUCUCCGCGAAGCCUUGACCAACUGCACAGAUCCGCUGCGAGCAAUAGAAGAGUUUCAAGAGGAGAAUGCGAUCCUCUUGCCUUCUUUGCGCCCGAUGUUAUCACUGCUAGACAUCCACGGUGUUCGGCGACUGGACUUCCACACAUCCGUGCGGGAUGAACUCAAGGGACAUCUCAUGCGACAGAUCGAGACUCUGGCCAAGCAAGAAGGCCACGAGAAGCAGAAGAAGCUCAAGGACAUGCUGGAGAAAAGCUUCCCAUACAUCAAGGACCCAGCCCUUCGUCCAGUGGUCAUGUGCAUACUCAAGAAUAUGAAGUCCAUGGACGAGAAGUACAUCAAGCUGCUGGUCAGUGACAAGUCACUUUACAAAGAAUGCGACAUCCAGGUGAAGCGUCAGAUCUGGCACGACAACAAGGACCUCUUCGCGGACGAAGUUCUCCCUCUGCUGUCCCAGUACGUGAGCGAGAAAGAGGAGGCCCUGGGGGGCCUGGCUGCUUCGGUGGCGGGCGAGUCGCCCUCCGCAUUCUUCGGACCGACGCCCAAACAGCGCCGCCAGGGGGCCGUCGUGCAGCGCCUCCUGGCGAUGGUGGACCGCAGCUUGGUUCUGUACAAAAUGGUUGUGCAGUUCGCGCGCAACAUGUUCCUUCGAACGCAGAACGCCCACUACUGCACGCUGCGCGUCGACCUGCUCAUGGCGCUGCACGACUUGGAGAUCCAGGAAAUCACGGCUAUAGACCGUUCCCACAAGUUCGCCUGGUGCCUCGAUGCCUGCAUCCGGGAGAAGAGCAUGGAUGCCAAGAGGUCUCGAGAGCUUCAGGCCAUCCUGGAGGUCAAACGCGGGCAAGAAGAACUCCUGUGCGACCUCGCCAUGACGCUGUGUGACCCGUACGCUAUCAACUUUCUUGGCCAGUCAGCUCUGAAGAGCGUGACCCACCUCAUUAACGUCGAAGGCAUGCCGAGGGACAACCAUGUUUUGGUGCUAUUGCUGCGCAUGCUGGCUCUGGGCAUGGAGGCGUGGACGAUGUUGAACACCGAGAACUACACGGAGCCGAAGCUGGACGUGCAGCUCGUCACAAAGUUUCUGCCAUCUCUCAUGUGCCUCAUGGUUGAUGAUCAGCUACGAAAGCUGGACUCCCGCACGAAAUCUCAGGAUGAUCAGGGGUCAGCCAACGCCAAUACUGAUUACUCGGGACCAGUUCCUGAUACGUUUCAGGCGUACGUUCAGGGGAAUGCUAUGGCCAGUGUGCUCGCAGUGUUCUACGUUUUGCACGUUGCUCGUCAGCGUGACCGAACGGGCCUGCUGCGUGUGCUGGGCACCCUGGCCACGGCCGAAGGCCGGCGUGCUUACCGGGACCCGUUCCUGCACACGCUGGUUGGCCACUUGACUCAAAUGGCUGACCACUUUGCCAGGGAGGACUUCUGCAUGGUCAUUUUCGAUGACUUCUUCCUCCGGGGCUUGAGAAGCAGCGCUCUGAAAGGCAACAGGCACGCCGAGACUACGAGGAUCACUGCGAAGCAUUUGAUGCGCUUGCUGUGGCAUGUGCAUGCCAAAUUGCCUCCCGCAAGGCUGAAUGGCCUGGUGAAGAAACUCCAGCCUUUUGCUCAGGCCAGCGAAGACCUGACAUCUGCAUAUAAAGACUUGCUAGAGAAAAUAAAAUGCGUGACUCCUCCAGCAGCAGGACGCGGUUCAGAAAACCCUCCAUUGCCAAGUUCGCCAGCGUUGACAUCAUUUUGACUUAGAAGGUCCUGCCGUCGAAAUAGGAUUACACGUUGGCAGUUGCCGAAACUUGAAGCCGCUGUUGCGUUAUGAAGUUGUAGAACUUACACCGGAAUUGAUGGGCAUGAACGAACAGGCCCGCUUACCGAAAUCAUCCGUCCAUACUUCCCAUAGCGACUUCAUUUGUUCAUUUGAAAUAAACGGCCAGAAAAAUGCC